UCCUCCUGCUCCUCUGCAAACAUUCACCACCCUCUCCAACCGUGCCUCUCCAACCGUUCCUCUGCUGCUGCUGCAGUUGUCUGAGGAGUCAAAGAAGACGAGAACCAUCAUUCGGCGUUUAAGGGUCCCAGCUAAUCCGGCAGUCGAUCCUUCGUGGUUUUUCAAAGACACAUCAACACGUUUAUAAAGGAACACUUGCGGCACAAAGAACAGACGGCGGCUCACAUUUGCAAUACAUAAAAAUACGUUCAUUUAUAAUUUAUAAAUAUAUUUCUACUUUUUGUGUCGUCCUGAAACAACUUCGCCAAAUUCUUUUAAGUCGGUCAGCGAAAGUAUUGAAGUGAUGUCGUCUCUGAGAGUUCUAAACCGGCUUGUGGGCCGCUACCAUCCCAAGAUCGCAUCAAAUGGGGUAUGUGGGGCCAGCAGAGCCAGUUGGGCUAUUACUAGGGGUUUCUAUGCCGGCACGAUGGAACCGUUCCACCCGUACCCGGAACGCGAACAGAACUGGGUGUCCGCCGAAGAAGCCGUCUCAGUCGUUAAAUCAGGAAUGCGUGUGUUUAUGCACGGUGCUGCUGCAACUCCUGUCAGACUGGUGAAUGCAUUGGCUGAAUAUGGCAAGAAGGCUAACCUGAAGGAUGUUGAAGUGAUCCAUAUCCAUACAGAGGGGCCUGGGACCUACGCAAAACCAGAGUAUGAAGGUAUUUUCCGCAGUAAUUCGCUGUUUUUGGGUGCCAACUGUAGACAGGCUGUGGCUGAAGGUCGUGGUGAUGCCACACCGAUUUUCCUUGGAGAGAUCCCACACCUCUUCAGACGUAAAAUCCUAUCUUUGGAUGUAGCAAUUGUGUCUGUGUGUCCUCCAGACAACCACGGAUUCUGCUCUCUUGGACCCAGCGUUGACUGUGCUCGCAGUGCACUCCAAAAUGCCAAAUAUAUCAUUGGUCUGGUCAAUAAACGCUUACCCCGUACAUUCGGUGAUGGCAUCGUACACAUCUCCCACUUUGAUGCCCUGGUUGACGAGAAUGCAGAGUUGCCUGAACACAAGGAACACAUCCUCUCCGAUGAGGAGAAACAGAUUGGCAAGCUGAUUGCUGAGAAUCUGGUCCAUGAUGGUGCCACCCUGCAGAUGGGUAUUGGUUCAAUCCCUGAUGCCGUCCUGGCCCAACUGGGCAACCACAAGGACUUGGGUAUUCAUUCUGAGAUGUUCAGUGAUGGUGUGGUUGACUUGGUCAAGACUGGUGCCAUCACCAACGCCAACAAAGUUCUGCAACCUGGCAAAAUUGUGAGCAGCUUCACCGUGGGGACCCGCAAACUCUACGACUUCUUGGACAAUAACCCCUUUGUAGUGAUGUGUGAUGUAGCUUGGACAAACAGUGAGGCAAACAUCUGUCAGAAUCCACGAGUGACUGCCAUCAACUCCUGCAUUGAGGUCGACCUUACUGGACAGGUGUGUUCAGACUCCAUUGGGACACGCAUAUACUCAGGUUUUGGUGGUCAGAUAGACUUCAUUCGAGGAGCUGCCCUCAGCAAAGAUGGCCUGGGUAAACCCAUUAUUGCUCUGGCCUCAACUACCAAAAAAGGAGAAUCAAAAAUCCUUCCCACCAUUAAACCAGGUGGUGGUGUUGUCACGUCCCGAGCCCAUGUCCACUAUGUGGUCACGGAGUGGGGCAUAGCCUUCCUGUUUGGCAAGACAUUAAGGCAACGAGCCUACCACCUCAUCCAGAUUGCUCACCCCGACCACCGCGAAAAGCUGGAGAAGGCAGCAUUUGAACGACUGAAGACAAUGCCGGUUCCUUAGAAGAGUUUCAAAGACAUUUAGCAAAAACAAAAACAAAAAAAUGACAAAUAAUAAAAAAAAAAACUGUAACAGAGAGCCAAAGCAAUAACAAAGACUUGUUUGGAGAA